UUACUGAAAUGUACACAUUUCCGAACAAUUCCGGUCUAAGCAGAAAAAAAGAACAUGAAAUUAUGUCACUGGCUCCACUGAUACAUGAAGUUUAUGAAAAAAACAACUGUGAUUUAAUUUUAGAUGUAGGUACAGGCCUUGUAAGUAUAAAAGGCAAACCUUGACCUAGGUUAUCGAAACAUUUGAGGGUUACCUUCCGAGGCUUUUGUACGAAAAAUAUAAAUAUCGUACACUGGGAAUAGAGGGAAGUUCGGAAAAAGUUCGGCUAGCAAAAGCCCAACAAACGAAAUUUCCCGAAUCGACGAAUUUUGUAACAUAUUACGAGCAUUUUAUAACACACGAUUCCGACAAACAGCUAAAGGACGUACUGAAGGAAUUCCCUGCGAGUAGAGUUUGUAUAACAGGACUCCACGCUUGUGCCGAUUUGAGUGUGAUAAUGUUAGAUUUAUUUACCAAAUUAGAAACGGCCAAAUCGUUGGUAAUUAUGCCGUGCUGUUACCACCGAUUAAGGCAAACCAACUGCACUUUCGACAAUUUUCCUACCAGUAGAUUACUUAAGGAAUUGGUUGGUUUACACGAACUUGGUAGUGUUUUGAAAGUGCCGUUUUUGAGACUGGCGUGCCAGAAUUCCGGAGAUGGAUUGAAAGAUUUGACGGAAGAACAACACGAAGAACAUGCCAAUAAUUGCUUGUUCAGGGCAAUUUUGCAAGAUGUUGCCGAAUCAGAAAAUUGGCAGGUGAGACGAUUAAAACGAAAAUCCGGAAAGUCGAUGCAGUCAAACGGCGAACCCUUCGAAAAUUACUUAACCAACCUGAAACGCACCCACACUCUCGUCGGGGCUGAAAUAACCGAUCAUCAAUUCUUAAGGAAAAUGCGUGAAAAAUGGAUGCAACAUAAAGGAAAUGCUUACCUAAUCGAGGCUUUGGCCGCGUUUCAAGCUGCCAUGCAAGCUGUAUGUGAGAACGUCGUGCUUUUGGACAGGGUGGUGUUUUUGCACGAGAAAGGGGUUGACUGUUUUGUUGUGAACGUAACGGAUAGGGGGAUAUCACCCAGGUGUCACGCCCUAGUAGCCGUGAAACCGUAAAAGUGACUUUGUAGAAGUGUCGAACAUUUUUUCAUUUAAUUGUGGUGUUUAGCCGCUGAACUUGCCUGGAUUAUGCAAAGUGGCAAUAGCUAAUUCAAACGGGAUUAACAUAAAUUUUUGUUUUACUCCUUCCAAUAAAGUCCUGUUACUGAA